CUCCAGCAAUCAUGGCCAAGGUUUCCAUCAACAGCCUUCUCCUUCUCAGGAGGGCAUACAAGGUUGGUGCGGAGAAUGAAAUGGUGCAGUCUGCGGCUUCAGUGAUGAGGAAAGUGUCGGAUUCGAGCAGUUUUGGAGGAGAAGUUCCUGCGAGACCCAAGGAGGUUUUUUGGAUGAGAGAUCCAAAGACGGGUAAUUGGAUUCCGGAGAGUCACUUUGAUGAUAUCGACGUCGUAGAGCUCAGAGAGAAGUUCCUCUCAAAGAAAGAGAAAACUAUGAAGAAUUAGAAUCCUAUUACUAGUGCAUGUGUGUGUGUGUGUGUGUGUGUUUUAAAGGUUAUAUUUUUUUUAUCUUGUGGUAUAUUUUUUUGUUCCCGGUCUCGAGACAAAACGAGAUUGCGUUAUUAUCAAGCUUUUUAAUAGUUUGUCUCUCUCAAACUCUUUUCUACGAUUAUACCGGAUUAAUCUCAAAUCAAAUUGCAUCUUAAAACAUCCUUAAAAAUCAAAAAU